AUGGUGCUAGCUGAAUUUGAUGAGGCACUUAUCUCUCAUGUUCAAAAAUACCCGUGCCUUUACAACAAUAAGAGUCCUGACUUCAAGGUAGUUUGGAAGAAGGAGAAUGCUUGGGUGGAGAUCUCCAAGCAACUCAAGAGUGAUGUGGAAACGGUCUCGAAGCGUUGGAAAACGUUGAGAGAACGUUAUACUAAAGAACACAGAAAAUUACCUACAGGUACUGGAGCUGAUUCUGUAGAAAAGUGGGAGUUCUAUUCUAUGAUGGAUUUUUUGAAAAAUUUUGACAGCAGUAAUAUGAUAUUUGAAGAAACUGUGCAUGAUAGUUCAGGGGAAGUUAAUGAAAGCAGCUUUGAGGGCAUGAUGGAAUCAAACUCGCAAGAUAAAUCUUCAGAAAUCUCAAGUGACAUCAGUAGUCCCACACCAAUGUCAUCACCGGUAUUAUUAAAACCUAUAAGACAACUAAAGCAGUCAAAUGACGAGUCAACUUCACAUGAUGAAGAAUACACAUUUGGAAGAAGUGUUGCUCUGACCCUGAAGAGGUUAGAAGUAAAACAAAAGGCUCAGGCAAAGAUUAGAAUACAACAAUUACUUUAUGAUAUUGAGUUUCCAUAA